AUGGGUCUACUUGCACUCGGAACUGCGCUGGAAUGGCCCGAGGCCAAGAAAAAGGCCCACCAGGUGCGCCAGUGGGGCAUUGAGCAACUGUUGGCAAACUGGCGACGCAUGAAAGGCAAGGAAAGGGAUGCGCUUCUUUGGGGUGACGAGGUCGAAUAUCUUGUUGUUGCCCUCGAUGAUGCGUCCAAGAAGGCGCGCUUGUCAUUGGCACAAGCUGAGAUCCUGAAAUCCCUCGCUCUAGAUGAGGCUAAUUGGAAGCCUGAUGAAAGCCAGCAUGGUGAUGGUGACCAUGAUGGCGAACAUCCUCCCCAUUUCCACCCCGAAUUCGGACGUUUCAUGCUCGAGGCCACCCCAGGACGCCCGUGGGGAAUUGGAUUCAAGGACUUGUUGAAAGUGGAAUCAAACAUGAAGUGGAGACGCGAGGUCGCCAAGGCACAUAUGGCACCCAACGAAUCCCCUAUAACUCUGACGACUUUCCCUCGGCUCGGAACGAAAGAUGACUACAUUCAGCCAUAUUAUCCUCCCUCAGGACCUGCCCUUCGAUCACAGUUCGUUCCUGAUGAAAUUGCAAACCCCCAUAUCCGGUUCCCGACACUAGCAGGCAAUAUUCGUUCACGACGAGGCCGCAAGGUGGAGUUGAAUGUUCCGAUCUACAAAGAUAAAAACACGCCGGUGCCAUUCAAGGACCCUACUGUCAACUAUGAUCUUCAUAAUUGGCCAGAAGAUGACGAUGUACGGAACGGGGCUGCUAAGGAUGAUCAUGUCUAUAUGGACGCGAUGGCAUUCGGCAUGGGCAGCUGCUGCUUGCAAAUCACCUUCCAGGCGAAGAAUAUGACCGAAGGAAGAAAGCUCUACGACCAACUGAGCCCCCUUGGUCCCAUUCUUCUUGCUCUUACCGCCGCUACCCCAAUCUAUAAGGGAUUCCUUGUUGACACUGAUGUGCGGUGGAAUCAAAUUAGCGCCGCUGUUGACGACAGGACCCCCGAGGAACUUGGCGAAGUACCUCUCAAAAACGACCGGUGGAGAAUUCCGAAGUCACGCUAUGCGUCCAACUCAACUUACAUCUCUCAAGACCCUCGAUUAAGACCCGAGUAUCUGGAUCCAGACCUGGUAGUUGACGAGGAUAUCAAGAAGCGCUUGAUAGAUGGAGGGAUGGAUGAUCUACUUGCAACCCAUUUUGCACACUUAUUUAUACGUGAUCCACUUGUGAUCUUUUCGGAGGACUUGGAGGAGCUGGACGUGAACAAAGGUGACCACUUUGAAAACCUCCAAUCUACCAACUGGCAACACAUGCGGUUCAAGCCUCCGCCUUCAGAGAAGGAUGACAUCGGCUGGCGAGUGGAAUUCCGAUCAAUGGAGAUCCAGAUUACGGACUUUGAGAACGCCGCCUUUAGCAUCUUCAUGGUCCUAAUCACUCGCGCGAUCCUGAGCUUUGAUCUCAACUUCUACAUCCCAAUCCAGCGGACUACGGAAAACAUGGAGACUGCACAUGUCCGCAACGCCGUGCUGGACAGCAAAUUCUAUUUCCGCAAGGAUCCUUUCCCAAAGCGAGUCCCAAGGACCCACGGCAGCACAGUCUCCGCGAAUCCCUCCUCGGCCGUCAACACGCCGCCCUCCUCGCCACCUCUUGGACCCGUAGAAUCCGAGUAUGAGCUGAUGACCAUUGCUGAAAUUAUCAAUGGGUGCCCUGAGGGCUCCUUCCCCGGUCUUAUUCCCCUGGUCGAGUCAUACUUGAACAGCGUCAACGUGGAUGUCGAGACACGCUGCUUCCUUGCCAGCUAUCUUGACCUCAUCCGCAAGCGGGCUGAUGGCACCCUUUGGACUGGAGCUAAAUGGAUCCGCGAGUUUGUUACUCACCACCCAAGCUACAAGCAAGACAGUGUUGUCUCCGAAGAAAUCUGCUAUGACCUUGUCAAAGCGGUCGAGGAAGUGACAGUUAAUGAGGGCCGCAAUGGCAGGAUUGGCUGGGAGCUACUCCGCGGCAAAAAGAAUUAA